AUGGCUUUGCGCACCAUUCGGACCGGUAGUUGGUGCCGAACAUUUGCAUCCGGCUCCCAUGCUCCUCAUCACGAGCAAGUCUCCGUCCGCUGUGCUUCGUCUGGUCACAUCACUGUCGACCUGCACAACCAUCUCUAUCACCCUCCUACUGCGCCCCUGGUGAUUUAUCUUCCAUCAUUCUCCCGACCGCCACACCUCUCCCCUCCCCUCCCGGAAUUCAUCAAACGAUAUCCGACAGCAGUCAUCAACUACCGGUGGCCAGAGGAUUCCCUCAUCUCAGACCCCGUUCCCGCAGGCCAAAACAACCAGCCCGAGGAUGACGGCAUCAUUCCAACAAAUCCACUUCACUGGCCCACGCCCAUCCACGAUACCCUCUUUGGCUAUUCUUGGAUCACGGACAACCUGGUCCCUCCAGAAAAUCAACGGCGAGACAUAUACGUCGUCGGUUCCUAUCUCGGCGCGUCGUUGGCUGCCUCCCUAGCCCUCACAGAGUCGCACAUACACGAGCGAAUGGCCGUCCGUGGCGUGGCCUUGUACAAUGGCAUUUACGACUGGACGGCAUUUCUUCCACCGCAAAACAACAACCCUGCUAACCCGGACGCUCUCGCCGCCAUGAAAUCCCUGCUGGAGCUACCAGACGAUGACGUAGAGGGCUCCGCGAUGCACUACCUCCGCCAGCUGGUCCCGACGCUCUUCAAGACACCUUCGAACCUAUUCGACCCAUUUGCAAGCGCUGUACUAUUCUUCCGCAGCACGGGUCUGCUGGUUCCAUCGUCGUUUGAGCCGUCAGAUUCAACCAUCCCACCGGAACUUGAGCGCGCCAUAGCUGAGCUUUCAUUGGACGAGACCUCCACUCCGGCCCCGGGCAGUCCAGAGGCAGCCAGGCUCGAAGUGGCUUUCAAGGCCCCGAGGAAGGGAUACAUGGCCUUUCCUACGCGCCAGUCGAUGCUGCGUAUUCCUGAAGCGUUGAUAUUGCACGAGACAGGGACUGCGCAGCCUGUUCGUGGUAAAUGGAGGAAGCGGGGCACGGCUGCCCGCAAUGACUUUGCAUCGCAGGCUAAGGAGCUGGCAAGGGUGAUGCGACGAAGCAUCAGCAUGUAUGAGCUGCGAGAGCGGAUGAGGGUGGAUGAUGUUGAUGAAGGCGGUGCCGAGGCUGAACGACGGGUGCAGCUACGCGACAUUGGGACAGAGGAUGUUGCUGAGGAGGCUUUAGGGCCGGUUGUAGAGGAGUGGCUCGAGGAGAAAAUGGAUGCGUGUAACGUGCCAGCUUAG